AUUACCAGAUUCAGGUACUCUCAGAUAGGCAUCCACCAGUCCCUUACCCCCAGGAAGGGCUGGCUGGCGAGUCUAGUACCUGUACCUACCGGGUACCUAUUCUUGGUCUACCCUAGCCGGCCCUAGCCCUAGCCCUGGCCCACACCACAGAGCUCUAGCUCUAGCUCUACCUCCAAGAAAGUGACGAGAUGGGGACUUUAGGUGGUCAUGUACUGCCAGGUGUCUGUUUUCUAUUUUUGGGACUGCUGUGGACUCUGCUCUCAAUAUGGAUGCAGCUGACGUCAAAAGUCUCAAAUCCUAAAAAGAACAAAAAAGAAGGGAAUAAUACAACAUCUUCAUUCUUAGAAUACAAGCGAGAUCAUAGACUUGCUCGAAAGUCAUGGAUUCCAUUGCCUUGCUGCCCUCGAGCCCCAUUAGAACCCGUCUUAAAAGUUUUUUUUGCCUUAAUCGGAAUUAUGGUGGAAGGUUUUUUGGAUUAUAGGAAGUCACACCUUGUGACUGUGGUGUAUAAUGUUGUAAUGCCAAAUGGAGAGUUAAACAAUAUGGCAAAGCUCCAUCAUAUCACCAUGUAUGGUGCCUUUUUGAUGUCAGGAAUAGUAGACAUUGUAUCUCUCUUCUUGAAAUUGCCUCGUCAAGCUAGUCAGAUUGUGUUUUCAAUGGCAUUCUGGGUCGAGUGGAUGCUGUUCUACUCCCAUACAAGUGAAGGUGACUCAAUGAACGCCAGCUUCCAUUUCUUGCUGAAUUUGGCAAUCUUAUCCUGUGUCAUAGUGUCUGCUCUGAGAGUGUUCUAUUCAUCUCAUUUUCUAGUCAACAUCGGACUUUCCUUUUGCAUCAUGCUUCAGGGGACAUGGUUCAUUCAAGUGGGCGUUUCACUCUAUCCUCAAAGUGGAAGCAAUGUAUUCUUGAAGACAAUAAGUACCCAUGCUCACCGGGUCACAAUGCUUGUUUAUGCUCUCUUUACUUGGCACGUUUUGUUGCUAACAGUAUUUUUUUUUGUCCUGUUUGGAAUAGUGUCUUGUGCAAGAAACCGAAUCGAUCGUCGUUUAAUACCUUUGGGUUUGAGUCAUUCGCAAGAUUUCUUUGAUUCAGAGGAAAAGGAGAGAUUGAUAUCAGUUGAUGAUGGAAAGAAAUUGGACGUUGCUAUUGAGAUGGAGGAAGUCCAUGUAACUGAAACUGUCUCUUAAUUAUUUAGAUCAUGAUAUUUUUCUAGCUUGUAUAUAAUAUCACACAGCAUUUUUACUGUGUAAAUAUAAUUUUAA